AUGGAAGAAAAUCUUCCUCCGGGGUUCAGAUUUCAUCCGACAGACGAGGAGCUCAUAACGCAUUAUCUUUGUCGGAAAGUCUCCGAUAAUGGAUUCACCGGUAAAGCUGUCGUCGACGUUGAUCUCAACAAGUGUGAACCUUGGGAUUUGCCAGCCAAGGCAUCGAUGGGAGAGAAAGAGUGGUACUUCUUCAGCCUAAGAGACCGGAAAUACCCAACCGGUUUAAGGACAAACCGAGCAACGGAAGCCGGUUAUUGGAAAACCACCGGUAAAGAUAAAGAGAUAUACCGAAGUGGAGUACUGGUUGGGAUGAAGAAAACCCUAGUUUUCUACAAAGGAAGAGCUCCAAAGGGUGAGAAAAGCAAUUGGGUUAUGCAUGAGUAUAGGCUUGAGAACAAACAUCCCUUCAAACCAGCUAAGGAGGAAUGGGUAGUGUGUAGAGUAUUCCAAAAGAGCACAGCAACAAAGAAACUACAAGAACAACAACCGCAAUCUUCACAACCAUCUUUUGGAUCUCCAUGCGACGCGAACUCAUCAAUGGCAAAUGAGUUUGAAGAUAUCGAGCUUCCGAAUCUGAAUUCAAACUCAUCAACCGUCGAUUACAAUCAUAUGCAUCAAUAUUCGCAAAGCGGUCUUUAUUCAGAAGACAAUACAACAAGUACGGCUGGUCUCAACAUGAACAUGAACAUGGCUAGUAAUCUUUCAUCGUGGACUACAAAUCUACUUGGUCCGCCUUUAUCUCCAAUCAACUCUUUGUUGCUCAAGGCUUUCCAAAUUAGGAACUCUUAUGGUUUCCAAAAAGAGAUGGUCUCUAAUAUCAAUCCUUCUCAUUUUCAACAAGGAGUCUCCAAUAUUAUGCAAAAUGGUUCAAGUUCGUCUCAAGUGCAACCGCAACCGCAAGAAGAAGCGUUUAAUAUGGACUCAAUUUGGUGA